ACCUGAAUGUAAUGACAAUAAAUCAUUGUGUUGUCAACAUGAUACAAUUGAGUCCUUUCCUACACAACAAAACAACCUCCCAACUAUUUUUGGUGAAGUCGCCAUUUUGGAUACUUGAGACACCCAGCGAGCACACUGAUUGGUCGAUUACAUGCGGAGUCCUCGUACCUGGAUCACCAUCCCGUGCUAAACGGCAGCAUUUCCACAGCAUUCGCUUGAUUAGGCUACUCAGUGAGAAAGGCCCCCAUCUUAGACCACUCUUCAAGAGCUGCGCUCUGGUAAUGACAGCCCCAGUCAAAACUCGUUGAUUUCUAGCGAGGGAGGUGCUAUUACGCACCAAACGAGUGCCCUAUCCAAUUAUCUGGAAACGCGGCUUGUGUUGUAAUUGAAUCCUUAUUCCCCAACCGGUUGUUAUGGAUGGAGGUCGAGAGAGGGGUUAGUUAGUGCCUGUUGCUCUUUCCUGGUGCAGCAUGUUGCACGGGGGGUCUCUCGCUUCAUCAGUCCUCAGGAUGGGCAGUUGGAGGGAUUGAGGACGCUGCGCCGCCAACAACAAUAAUUCACUCGUUUUUGGAGAGACGAUACGGCUAGCAGAUAUCUUGGCUCCACCAAGCAAUACGUUCGCCUGGGUCGAUAAUUUAGGCUAUUUUUAGGAGGAGUUUGCCUUUAUUACACGUGAAGUUCAAUGCUGGAAUGUAAUUUUUAAUACGGAGUGUUUUCUUGUGUUUGGAGCGAUUUUGUGUGUGAAGAACCUGCAGAGCAACUUUUGGAACAAAUUACGCAUAUGAAGAGGAUGGGGUUUUACAUGUAGAGUGAAAGUUUCGCUCUGCGCUCUGUUGGGUCAUUAUUGUAUUACUUUUUUUCUGCUUUGCUAACCAUAUUCAAGAACGAAACAGGUUUAAAGUCCUGGACUGCAGGAGAAAUGGCCAGUGAACUGAAACCACGGCUUUGUAUCAUGACAAAGAGUGAGAACGGGUAUGGGUUUCACUUGCACGGUGAGAAGGGGAAGAACGGCCAGUACAUUCGCAAAGUUGAGCCCGCGUCGUCAGCCGAAGCUUCGGGUCUGCGCCCGGGGGACCGUGUCAUUGAGGUGAACAGGGGAAAUGUGGAGAAAGAUACGCACCAUCAAGUGGUGCAGAGGAUCAAGGCGGUGGAGCAUGAGACCAGGCUGCUGGUGGUAGACCGGGAGACAGACGAGUACCUCCGCAGCCUGCGCCUCGUCUGCACCGAGGAGAUGGCUGUCCGUCUGGGGGGACCCACCUCUGUGUCCCCUGACUCAUCCCCAGCCUCACCGCCCCCCUCCUCGCCCUCGGCCUCCUCACCCGCGGCCAAGAGAGAGAACGGCUCCGUGUCCAAGCUGCCCGCCACCCUGACCAGAGAGGUACCCAAGCCCACGCGAAGGUCUCCGUCGCGGGCCGCCAAGAAGGUGUUAUUGGGUCUUCCUCUCUUGCUUUCACCCUGUGGGUUCCAGGAGGCUCUGGCCCAUGUUAAUGCCCAUGCCGAUGUGGCGCGGCCACCAGUGGACCCAUCGGAGCUGUUUCCCAGGCUGUGCCACCUGGUGCGGGCCGAGACUGGCUACGGCUUCAACCUGCACAGUGAGAAGUCCCGGCCGGGCCAGUACAUCCGCUCCCUGGACCCUGGGUCUCCAGCUGACCACGCCGGGCUCAGACCACAGGACAGACUCAUAGAGGUGAAUGGGGUGAACGUGGAGGGCAUGCGUCAUGCGGAGGUCGUGGCCUUCAUAAAGAGAGGAGGAGAUGAAACCAGGCUGCUGGUGGUGGACCCUGACACAGACCAUCACUUUAAGAAGAUGGGCGUCACCCCGUUGGCCAGCCACGUCAAAGACUAUGACGGUCCGUCCAUAUCCAACGGCUCCCCCAGUCCUCAGAUCAACGGAAGCUUCACCAGCCGCUCCAUCCAGUCACACCACUCUGACCUGAGCAGUCCAGACAACAGCCUGCAGCUGGGAGAGGACGAGGCGAGCCGUCUGAUGGACCCCUUUGCUGAGAUGGGCCUGCUCCUGAGUCCCACAGCGGCUGAGGCCAAAGAGAAGGCCCACGCUAAGAGAGCCAAGAAGAGAGCCCCUCAGAUGGACUGGGACAAAAAACACCAGCUCUUCAGCAACUUCUGAACUUUUCUGCCACCCAAUGAGAGAAGCAGAAAGACUGUCGAAUUUGACAUUUCUGAAACUUACCUUCAACAUCCCUACCCGUUACCCCACCACCACUACCACCCAAUCCAACAGAAGAGAAUACGCAGAUAGAAUGUUGUUCUUUGAACGUUGGCAAUCCAACACCCACUCCCCCCUGCUUCCAAAAUGGACGGGAUGGAAUGAUGGGCAUCUCAUCCUUUACCCCUCCUUCAAUCCUCCCUUCUUCCACCCUUCUCUAUACCCUCAUCCCACCUCAGAGAGAGCUUGUCUGCUGGACUGAACUUGUCUGCUGGACUGGACUGGAAUAAGAGGCUCAAGAUUAGCAGCUUCUUCUGAAUCCUCCCGUCAUCAUCGCUCUUUCCCUAAACCAUCCGAUGUCCCUCCUCUUCUACCACUAACUCCCACUUCCUCUGAGGACUGCUCUGGAGAGAGGAGGCACUUAUUUUUGUAUUUAGAAAGUAGAAAAGCACCAUAAUAGGUGUUAGCCAGCCCAGCUAUAAGGAGUAUGGGGAAUAUGGACUAUGUGAGAUGUUUGUGAACACUGUGACCUGAUCUUAAACAUUGGGGUUUGUUUUGAUCCUGUAAGAGAAGGAACGUACGCCCAAAGAUGGAUAAAACUUUUCCUCCCAUGAUCCUCCUGUGAUUUUAUUGUGUGAUCGAUGCACCUCAGACUUCAAGGAUUCACUCACCAGGAAAAGCACAAACUGGAGGCUAAAUAGCAUCGCUUCUGUAUCAUCUCUGUUUGUAUCAAAACAUCUGUUUUCUCAUAAUGUCAUAACAUUUCCACUUUGCUCCCUAUGUUGGAUAUGAACUGGUAUUCAUAGAUGGUGUUAACAAUGCAUAGACAAUCAAAAGCCUUACUCAAUCCAUCCCUCUCAAUAUGAUAGCAUUUAAGAUACAUUGACUAAAUGCAUGCAUACAUGCACACACACAAGCCCCCUAUGAUUCUCUAGCCUAUAGGCCUGCUUCACUCAUUCUAAGGCAGUUUUAGUUCAAUAGAGUGAAUAGAGUGAAGAGUGAAUAGAUCAAGCAUUGAGGUUUUUUACACUGCCUGUCUAGUACACCAGGGGGUGCUAAUAAGACACACAGCAACAUGAAGCCACUAUAGUGCACUGCUCCGAGAUGUAUGAGGAUCGGGACAUGAAAGUACCAUAGAAGGAGAAGAUAGUCUGGGGAUGAUAUGACCACUUUAAAGAUGUAUGACAUCUAUGUAACACCUUGUAACAUUUACGUUAAGCCUGCAGGUAUCAUGUGUUAUUACUAGUUAUGAGUAUCUAUCAUGCUUUAUUACCUGCUAUGAGCAAAUAUAAUGCUAUAUUACUUGCUAAGAGCAUCUAUAAUGUUUUAUUACUUGCUACAGUAUGAGCAUCCAUAAUGCUGUAUUACUUGUUAUGAGCAAAUAUAAUGCUUUAUUACUUGUUAUGAGCAAAUAUAAUGCUUUAUUACUUGUUAUGAGCAAAUAUAAUGCUUUAAUACUUGCUAUGAGCAUCUAUAAUGUUUUAUUACUUGCUACAGUAUGAGCAUCCAUAAUGCUUUAUUACUUGCUAUGAGCGUGUAUAAUGCUUUAUUACUUGUUAUGAGCAAAUAUAAUGCUAUAUUACUUGUUAUGAGCAAAUAUAAUGCUUUAUUACUUGUUAUGAGCAAAUAUAAUGCUUUAAUACUUGUUAUGAGCAAAUAUAAUGCUUUAUUACUUGUUAUGAGCAAAUAUAAUGCUUUAAUACUUGUUAUGAGCAAAUAUAAUGCUUUAUUACUUGUUAUGAGCAAAUAUAAUGCUGUAUUACUUGUUAUGAGCAUCUCCAUCACUGAGCCAAACACCUUUAUAUGUAAAAGUAUAGAUACAAAUAAUGUAUGAAAUACCAAGAUGGAUAUUGUACGGGAUUGAAAGUGAGCCCAGAGUAUCAAAGAAAGCUUACAUCAUUCAGUGUUGAUGUGAUGUUGUGGUAAUGUUAUGCUCAUGUUGUGGUACAGUGAUGACAGACUGACAUAGUAUCAGCUACUCCAGACUGGGCUGUCUUUCUGUUGCACUUCAGAAGGGAAGGACACAGUUAUUUUUGUACAACAUGCCUGAAUGCUGUGGAUGGUGGACCGGCUGUGGUAUCAGGGGCUUUGGUAUGUGAGUAUAGCCUGGUCGCAAAUCUGUUUGUGCGGUAUUGCCAACUCCUAUGGUCAUUAUCAAGAGGCGUCACACAACAAUUGCCAUAGGAGUUGGUAAGACAGCACAAACCGAUCUCGGACCAGGAUACUCUGAGCUAUGGGGCUAGGGGCUCUGAUCAGUGGGCCUGCCCAGUGGGUGUGUGGGAGAGGCCUAUCCUGGAGGUCAGACUCAGAGAUGCUCUAAUGAAUGAGACCAGGGGAGCCACAGGACUUACAGGAGAUUAGUCCUAGCAUAGGAUAGCAUGGAGACAGCUGUCCUGCGCACAGACACAGACGGACCCCAGACCAAACCACUGUCACACCUCAUAAGGGGGUGAAGGUCAAGUUUAUCUUACUGUGUGUGUGUCAUCCACUGUUACGGAUAGUAAUCUCAGGUCCCCCCGGUCGUUCAUAUUGUGGUAGGAUCUACACAAAGAGAACACUCCCCAGACCAAACCACUGCUACAUCUCAUACGGGGGUGACGGGAGAUAGAAGGGAAAGUUUGUCUCUGUGUCAUCCAUUGUUACUAUUCACCCAGGGUCCAUAUAGUGCCGAUCUAGGAUCAGUUUUGCCUUUUAGAUCAUAAUUAAUAAGAUUAUAUGGACAGGAGGGACCUGAUACUAGUUCAGCACUCCUACUCUGAGACGCUUUCUGAAUACGGGCCCAGGUCCCCCCUGGAGGUUCAUAUUGUGGUAGGAUCUGAAAUGCGGGUCCCUGGUUGGGCUAGGUCUGAGGUACAGGCCAGGGUCAGCUGUGCUAUGCGGCGCCGACACCACACUUAGGACGGAGAGAAAUGUCUGAUCUGUUUUCAUAUAUUGCACAAUUAAUUUUUUGUUAAUAAGCAUAUUGUCUUUACUAUUACUCAUAAUAGUACAGAAAACAGUUUUUAUUUCUCUGGUUUCCAUUUGUGAUCUAGCACCAAUGUGUUUGCAUAAGGGUUUUGACUAUUGGUCCAUAUGAUGAGCUGACCGUUAAACCCUGAGCAGAAUGGUGUAUGACCCAUGUAGAUUCACAUUUUAGUCAUUUGGCAGACGCUCGUAUCCAAAGCGACUUAAAGGAGCAAUUAGGGGUUAAGUGCCUUGCUCAAAAGUUUGUUGACAGAUUUUUCACCUAGUCGGUUUGGAGAUUCAAACCAGCGACCUAUCGGUUACUGGCCCAAUGCUCUUAACCACUAGGCUACCUGCCUCCCUACGGUGUAUAUAUAUGGCAGGUUGUAUUUUUUCAAUAAAGUGUGACAAUCUCCUUCUGGACUAUAUUACAUCA